AUGCGGGAGAAAUACAAAGACGACGAAACUAGAUUGAGGUUAGCACUUUUGCUGUUGGUUGAAGGGAUUUUAUGCCCUACCAGUGGGUCAACAAACAUUAGUGCAGAGGUGGUUGAGAUGUUGGCCGAUCUGGAUGGGUUUCUAAAAUAUCCAUGGGGUCGAGAAUCCUUUAUUUUAACGAUCCGAAGUGUUAAGGGACGGUCACCUGCGCAGUAUGCAAGCGACACAAUAGCAAUACAAGGGUUUGCACAUGCCAUUGUGUUGGUAACAGUUUGCUGCUGCCCACAGAUUAUCUGUGAAUCCCCUGCUGAUAGGGUAUUGCUUGAGGAAGAUGUCCAGAUUGAAGACAUCGUUGAAGAAGUGUGUUCUCGGAGUUUGAAAAUAAAUGUUGUGACGAGUAGGAACUUGGAAGUUGAAGGCCAGGCAACUGUGACGUCUAUUCUAUGUCCUAAUCAUAGUAUAGAUGGGUUUAGAGAUGAAGUUACUGAUGUCACGGUAACCCACAUGGUUGCACUCAUCAACAACAAAUUUCCUUUUGAGCACAACAGUUGGUCAGGGGGUGUGAAGGCAGUAGACGCAAAGAGAUUGCAGGAAGUAGGAGACGACGUUGGUUUAGUUGAUGAAAACGCGCGUGGAAGCAACUUUCAACCAGACAGUUUCUCCCCAUACCACACAGCCGUCCCUGAGUCGCAUGUUGGUCACUCUGGUUCUACUGGUGCCCCAUCAGAAGAUGUUGAGGCACGUGUGCUGCAAGUGGUUGGGAGUUUGAAAUCCCAUUUCGACACAGUUUUAUCUGGCGUGAAGAAUUCAUUGUCUGAAGAAAUUAAACAACUGAAAGACAUGUUACUGCGGUACACGAAGGAUGACAGAUCCUGGUCUCCACAUUUCUCCACAGAACCGGAAGAAGACGGACAACGGUGUCCUCCAAGCCGAAUGGAGGCCAUUCCAGAAACGUCACCACCCCCUCUCCGUUCAACCUUUGGAGAACAUGUCGAUGGAGGUUUGGCCAGUGGGACACAACCAGGACGCAAUCACAUGAUUAUGGAUCAACAUAAUGUUGGGCCGUCUUCCCCACCUUUGCCGUUUGUUGCUACAUGUUCCGUUCAACCCGCCUUACAUAGUACUGUUGGAGGAACUGGAGACGGUGAUGUCCCCGCACCCCCGCAAGCACCACCAUUGACUGCUCUUUCAAAGAGCUUUCAAUCAACGAGCAAGGACAUUCAGUUUGGAGACCAGAGUGCAAGUGACGAUGAGGACAUUUCGUUAGCGCAACUGCGUCGUAAGAUGAAGGUGAGCACUACAGGACAUAUACUGUCCUCUACAACUGUGGAUGUUCCGUCUGAGCAUGCUGGCGAAGCAUCCAAUCAGAUACUCACGCACCUGGAAGAGACUGGCGUAAGUUUGUUUGUAGCUUUUCGUGUUGCGGCGUUUCAGAAUGUAACUGCAACACAAUUUGACUGCAACGGUGGGGAAGGUGCCACAAUAUCAAAUGUGGUGUUCAAGGAUGUUUUUCAUGGAACUCGCCCCCUUCACUUUGAGGCUGCUGACAUGGUUGUCAGCUUCAUCCGCCACCGCAACUUGGUAGAGGGCAGCCACCGGUUUGAAUUCUUGCCCUCUGUGUUCUUACGGUCACUUAUUCGGGAGUUCAGACAGGCCCAGAAUCCAGGUUGCAGUUCAGCUUUCAAUUUCACAACCGUCAGUGGUGUCUCCCUUCCGAGCAUUCGUAGGUGGUGUGUUGACAUCGAUGUUCUAUAUUGCCCUUUCCAAAUUGAUGGCCAGCAUUGGGUUGGUGUUUCCAUUGAUUUAAAGCAGUGGUGCAUACAUGUCCUUGACUGCAACACUGCUUGUGUCUCUGAGACCAAUGUUGAGAACGCAUUACACCCAAUCUCAGUAAUAUUUCCGGAACUGGUGAAACACUAUGGUGGACCACAUCCAAGGCCCGGAGUACUAACAGAAUGUAUGCCAGUUGAGCGUUUGGACAUCAAUCUCCUAUGUGAAAUUACAGGCUUAUCAUGUGUUGCGUCAGUCAUCUUGCUCGAGCUUCAUGCAACAAAGAAGCUUCACCUCUGCGAACACAUUACUGAAGGUUGUAUCCGUACUGCGGGUGAGAGGUAUGCUGUUGAAGCGUUCGCCACCUUUAAUCCUCAGCUUCUUGCACCAUAAAUUAUUUGGAUGUUAUGUUCUGUAUUUGUUCCUACCGUUGAUCCAUUUCUGUUCCCAUCUUAGCAACAAACUAUUUCUUCCUCGCUUCUAAGUUUGUACGUUUGGACUCGUAACCUAUGUUUCUGUUUUUCCAAACUAUGUGACUUUGUUUCGAAUGGUAGUUCAACAACGUGAUUCUCGAUUUAUAGAUUCUUAUGAUGCAAUAUAGUUGGUUACGAAACUAUACAAGCACCGUUUAAUAAAAUAUAAUGUCUUGCCUACACUCUAAGUCUUGCCUAGCUACUCAACCGCCCGCUUAUGUUGUCCAUUUAUAUUGUAUUUCACCAACGAGACUCCAUCUUGCUCGAGCUUCAUGCAACAAAGAAGCUUCACCUCUGCGAACACAUUACUGAAGGUUGUAUCCGUACUGCGGGUGAGAGGUAUGCUGUUGAAGCGUUCGCCACCUUUAAUCCUCAGCUUCUUGCACCAUAAAUUAUUUGGAUGUUAUGUUCUGUAUUUGUUCCUACCGUUGAUCCAUUUCUGUUCCCAUCUUAGCAACAAACUAUUUCUUCCUCGCUUCUAAGUUUGUACGUUUGGACUCGUAACCU